AUGCCUACUUGUGUGAAUGGGAAGAAGCGAUUGGCAGUUAACAUUGAGCAGGAACUGCAGACAGUGACAAUUGAUAGCGAAGAGGAUGGGAGUCUCCAGGGUCCGGCUUCUAACCAGCAUAUUUAUCAGCCUGUGGGUAAACCAGAUCAUUGUGCUCCACCAAAGAAACCACCUCGCCCAGGAGCUCCCAGCCAUUUGGGUAGCCUUGCCAGCCUGAACAGCCCUGUGGACAGCUAUAAUGAAGGGAUUAAGCCAUGGCGGAUUCAGCCACAAGAGAUCAGCCCUCCUCCAACAGCUAAUUUGGAUCGCUCCAGUGACAAGGUGUAUGAGAAUGUCGCAGGCCUUGUGAAAGCAGUCAUAGAGAUGUCUAGCAAAAUCCAGCCAGCACCACCAGAGGAGUAUGUCCCCAUGGUGAAGGAGGUUGGUUUGGCACUUCGAACUUUACUGGCAACCGUAGAUGAGACCAUCCCAGUACUCCCAACAAGCACUCACAGAGAGAUUGAGAUGGCCCAGAAACUCUUGAACUCUGACCUCGCUGAACUGAUUAACAAGAUGAAGUUGGCCCAGCAAUACAUUAUGACUAGCCUGCAGCAGGAAUACAAAAAACAGAUGCUCACAGCAGCACAUGCUCUGGCUGUGGAUGCCAAAAACUUGCUGGAUGUUAUUGACCAAGCCAGGCUAAAAUCGAUUGGCCAGUCCAGGCCUCACUAAA